UGACUUUUGUUUUUAAUAUUUAGUAGCUAAGUUAGCUAUCAGGAUCCAGAGGUAAAUUAAUUUCUCUCUACUUUCAUACUUUCUCUAUCUUUAGUAAAGAUAAAUUCUGAUUAUAAAUCUUUUGAAUGAUCAGAAAAGAUUGUCUCAACUAGACUAAAUGACACCUUUGGCUUAAUUUUACUUGUUUUGUAUUUGAGAUCAUGAUCAUCUUUUUCUUUGCUAUGAACUUAUCAUUCUUAAUUCUUUUAGUUGAUCUUAUAUUAUAGAGUAUAUGAUCUAGUAAUUCAUCAUAUUGUCUUAUUUGUUGAUAAUCCGCAUUGAGUUUCUCUAAUAUUAUCAGAUUCAUAAUGAAGAAGAAUUAAUCUUACAUUGCUAAAUUUAUGCCAUAAACUAAAUGCCUUAUAGUUCAAGCAACUAGAAUGCUAUUUUCUUUUGGAUAUGCAACUACAGUGCCUUUAACUUUCAUAUACUUCUAUUAGUUUAGAUGCCUACGAAAUUAAAUCCUUAGAAGUCAUUAACCUCCUUUUCCUUUUUUUUUGGAUGAACAACUAGAAUGCCUUUAAUUAAUUUGAUCAUUUUUUUUGUUUAUGUCAUUGCAUCAACACCACAGAAAUUUCUUAUUAAUUACUUUGUUGUCGACAUUCUAUAAUCUUGUCGUUUGUAUGGAAUGCUACUUCAGAGUUGAAUUCUGAGAUUCCCUCUAUCUAUAAUCAAUUGAAUCAUUACAACAGUCACAGUUGUAAGUAGCCAACACUUACUUUGUAAGGGAAAAACUGCUUCACAUCAAUGGGUAUGGGGAAACCUGCUUACCUGGAAAAAGUUGAAGAGCUUUGCCAGGCAUGGGCCUUACCACCACAAAUGGCUCAAUUUGACCCCAUCAGAGAAAAACUAUCGCCCCCAUCUUUUUGUGAACAAGGUCAGGGUACAUGUCAAGUGGUGAAAACUUCUGAGAGGACAUGCUACAACUGAUGGUAGAGUCCGGUGGGGAACUGGUGAAAUCACGGGGGAACAUAAUGGAAGCCAAUGGUAGGAUUGCAGAUGUCAGAGUUGAUGACCAUGUCAGAAGCUUCGCUUCAUAUAUUAGUACAAAUGUUUUUUGGGAUGAAUGGCACAAGGGAAUGGAGAUAUUUCCAAAAUCUCUAGCUUUUAUUAGUGCUAUGAGCACACCAACUAUACUUAGUGGUAUCCCUUUUUACAGGUAUGCUCUUCGAGCUAUAUUUCUGUUUCAUCCUGGUGUGUAUUAGGUGCUUCUAUUGCAAUUUGAGGUCAAACGUCUCUUUCCAUGCUCAAACUCGUUCUGUUUUUCCCACUGAAAAGAACAGAGAGAUUCGGAGGCUUGAGAAGGAGAUUCAUUCAACAAUUAUGGAUAUAGUAAAGCACACUGAAUCUGCUUCUAAAGACUUAUUGCAUGUGAUCAUCGAAGGUUCCCAGAGUGUUGAUCUUGGGCCAUCCACAGCUGAUCAGUUCAUAGUAGACAACUGCAAGGACAUUUGCAUCCCUGCCUCUGAAGUUACUCCUGUUGCUGCCAUAUGGGGUCUAAUGUUAUUGGCCUCACAUUCUGAAUGGCAGACUCGUUUACCUACUGAGGUCUUAGAAGUGAGUAAGGAUGGCAUCCUAAAUUUCGAGAUGCUUCACAAGAUGAAAGCGGUAUGUAAUAGCAUGAUUUGAAGGCCUGUCAAUUACCAUGAGAU